AUGAAGCUAUUGGAGAACUCAAGCUUUGAGGCCAUCAACUCACAGCUGACUGUGGAGACGGGAGAUGCCCACAUCAUUGGCAGGAUCGAGAGCUACUCGUGUAAGAUGGCGGGAGACGAUAAGCACAUGUUCAAGCAGUUCUGCCAGGAAGGCCAACCGCACGUGCUGGAGGCCCUGUCCCCGCCCCAGACCUCGGGCCUCAGCCCCAGCAGACUGAGCAAGAGCCAAGGCGGCGAGGAUGAGGGCCCCCUCAGCGACAAGUGCAGCCGCAAGACCCUCUUCUACCUGAUCGCCACGCUCAACGAGUCCUUCCGGCCCGACUACGACUUCAGCGCGGCCCGCAGCCACGAGUUCAGCCGGGAGCCCAGCCUCAGCUGGGUGGUGAACGCCGUCAACUGCAGUCUGUUCUCGGCCGUGCGGGAGGACUUCAGGGCCCUGAAGCCGCAGCUGUGGAACGCCGUGGACGAGGAGAUCUGCCUGGCCGAGUGCGACAUCUACAGCUACAACCCCGACUUGGACUCGGACCCCUUUGGGGAAGAUGGCAGCCUCUGGUCCUUCAACUACUUCUUCUACAACAAGCGGCUCAAGCGGAUCGUUUUCUUCAGCUGCCGCUCCAUCAGUGGAUCCACGUACACACCCUCCGAGGCGGGCAAUGAGUUGGACAUGGAGCUGGGGGAGGAGGAGGAGGAGCUCAGAGAUGGCGGCAAUGAGGGCGGAUCCGAGGAGACCAGCCCCAUGGAGGACAGAGUCCCCGUGAUCUGUAUGUGA